UAAUGUAUUGCGCAAUCAAGACAUGUGACUGUGUUGUGUUACUACCGUACGUAGAGACCUAUUCUGCCAAAUCCGUGUUAUUAGAGAGAUAAUCUUUAAAAUAAUGGCAGCCAAUGCAUUUCCCGCUUCCCUUAUUGGUGUAAUAGAUGAACGGAUCGAUAAUUCUGAACACAGUGCAUGGGAUGUUAAUAAAAUUGGAGGAAAACCGGAUUGGAUGAGUAGCCGUACCCCACACCCAAAUUGCGAUGCUUGCCAAAGUUUGUUGACCCUUGUGAGCCAGCUGUACUGCCCUCUAGAUGGUUCCGUGUACCAUAGAACAAUCUAUGUCUUUACAUGUCUGACCGGUCCGUGUCAGCAGCACUCAUACAGUUUUAGAGUCUUCAGGACUCAGAAACGAGUGGAAACCAACCCUGCUGAUAUUGGAUCCGUGUCUGGCCCUGUACAGGAACCAGUGAAUGACGCAGCGACAUUUGACACAGAUUGGUGUGAUGAUGCAGAUGAUUGGGGCGAUGAUAGUGAUGGAGUUGGAGGUGAUCAAGAUGCUAUUACCCAACUUAGUAUGAGCAAGGAGAAAUCUUUUGCAGCAGUUGUGGCGGCAAAUAUUGAUGAUCCAGGUUUACCAGCAGUCAACAACACCGUGACUCGAUCCAAUACCAGUGAACUUGAGCAUGGUCUUGAGCAACUCAGCCUGCUUACGGAAGGUCCCCUUAACCAACAUCAAGUGCAGCCUUCUUCAUCAAAACCAGUAUCUGCCUGGUCAGAAGUGGUUUCUGAACCUGUUACAAAUGAUGAUAAUGUUCCAGAGUUUGUCUCCUACUUCAUCAAUGUGUUUGAUGAGCCUUCGGCGAUGAGCGAAGAUCUGUUGACGCAUGAACAUCAGCUCAUGAAGGAGUACCAAGAGAGGGAGGGUGUCUCAUUAUCAGAAUGGCAAGAAUAUGCUGAGGGAAAGAGUGGUAGCAGAGGUGGUAAUGGUGAAGGAUACGAGAAGGUCACAGCCAAGCAUGGGGACAGAACCUUUGAAAAGUUUAUUAAAAAGAUCCAGACCUGCCCUGGACAAUGCAUAAGGUAUUGUUAUGGUGGGGAACCUCUUUGGAUGACGGACUCCAAUCAACGGUCAACCAAUAUACAAGCCUGUCCUCAUUGUGGAAGCAAGAGACUCUUUGAAUUUCAACUCAUGCCUGCCCUACUACCCUCUUUGCAGUUUCUUGAUCAACAAGCCCCACCUAUUGACUUUGGUGUGAUUGCCAUCUUCACAUGUUCAAGAAGCUGUUGGACUGAAGAAUGCAGUGACAUGCUGAGAGAGGAAGCACUCGUAAUUCAGCAUGAUCCAGACAGCAACGCCAUCAUUCAGGCAGAACAGAAGUUAAAACACCUCAAACAGAGCAAAAGAUGAUUUUUAAUUUUAAGAGAAUAAGGAGCCAGUCUUAUCAAUAACACGGUUGUGAUUUUCAAGAAAUUUGAAUUAUUGAUGUUCACAAGCAACUGAAUGCAGGGUUUUCGGAAACUGAAUCCCACUGUGUUAAUUUUGCGGUAUUCGGGUAUAGUUUAUGAUUUAUGACCAAGAUUAUGUAACACCACUCUGGACUAGGAUAAAUUGUUAAUUGAAAUAUUUCCACUUACACUUUUGUUUGGUCUCAUCCUGCUUGGUCUAAUCCUAUUUUAUAUACAAACAAAUCCU